GCGUUGAGAACAGGCGCUGUCUCGCCGCCUGCGAAGAAGGCAUCGGGCUCCCACACGCGGCCGUCGCCUCCCGUCACGUGCUCCGACGCCCCGCAGGCGAGUGAAAGCGAGAGAGGGGGAGAAAGAGUGAGAGAGAGAGAGAGAGAGAGAGAGAGAGAGAGAGAGAGAGAGAGAGAGAGAGAGAGAGAGAGAGAGAGAGAGAGAGAGAGAGAGAGAGAGAGUGAGAGAGAGAGAGAGAGAGAGAGAGAGAGAGAGAGAGAGAGAGAGAGAGAGAGAGAGAGAGAGGGAGAGAGAGAGUGGUACCAUGUGAUGCUCCAAUCGGUGACGCGAACCCAGAAUCCAGCAGCACCAGCAGCAGCAGGAGUGCCGUCCGCAGUGCCAGAGGCAGGGCAAUGCCUGCCGUGACUGCGCAGCAUGCCUCCUUGGCC